UCGCGUCAGAGCGGCGGGUGUCGUUUUACAUUCGGGGUAACGGCGCAGUCAGAGAGUCCACAGUCUCAGGACCAUUCCUUGUGUCUUCGUCAUGUCUUCAACCGUGUCCACGACCGUGGGGGACAUGGUGGUCGUCACCCACGUCCUCCCUGCUAACACUAACGUUAACGCUGGUGAGAACACACAGACGUUAGUGGGAGUCCAGAAAUUCAUCAAGGGACAACCACUGGCGCUGGGGACGGUUCAGAUCAUCAUCGGCCUGAUGAUUUUCCUGUUUGGGAUCGCGAUGACACCUCGUGCAGACACACUUGGAGUUGUCAGCGGCAUCUUCGUCUGGGGAGCUGCGUUUUACAUCACUGCUGGAUCUCUGACAGUGGCUGCUGCCAGACGACCGAGCCGCUGCCUGGUGAACUGCACCCUGGCGUUCAGUGUCGUCGCAGCGGUCGCCACCAGCUUCGGCAUCAUCCUCUUCACUCUGGAUGCGACUGGACUUCUCAUGUACUGCAGAUACGACUUGGUCUUCGAGUGCGGCCUCUACAGGAGUCGGGUGAUGGGCUUCUCAGGAGUCCUGGCCGUCUUCAGCCUGUUGGAGUUGAUCGUCUCAGCCACCGUCGCAGGUUACGCCUGCAGCGCCACGUGUAACUGCGGUGGCGAGACACCAUCAAUCAUUGUUGUACCUGCAGAAUCUUUGGCCACUGGACAAACUGCUGCUCCCUACACUGAAGAGAUGCAGAACAUGAAAGGAGACGUGAGCGCCAUGACUCCUCCUCCAGCGUACAGCGCUGUGGUCAGCUGAAGACGGUGACCUGGCGUCACGAUGACUAACUGAUGCUUCACAUGAUCUAAGUAAUGUUUCCCUGUUACUAACAAACUCAGCACGUUAGCAUUAAGCUGUCCUUCAAUCACAAUCAUCCACUGUUUUCUUUGCGUAUUUAGUGUGACUUCAGAUUCCUUCAAUGUAAAUAUGUGUCUUUGCUUCUCUAUGACAAUAAACUGAAAUCACAAAGACA